UAAUCUCGCGCGAUGUGUUGGGCGACUGCGACUCAUCUCGUAUCCAGUGUUCGUUAGAUCGUCAAGGCGAAGGCGGCAACAUGUUUCCGAUAAUUUUUGUGGCUCUCUUUAGUUUCUCAUCCAUUGUCGAUGGAGUUCCAAUUCUCAAUUGCGGUUCCAAGUUAGGAAGUUACAGCCGAGUUCAAAUAUCAGGUUGUGACGAUUCAAACCAACCCUGUGUUUUGCACAAAGGAAAGAACGCAUCGAUAGAAAUUGACUUUAUAACAUACGAAGAUGCUACCGACUUGAAGGCAGUCGUGCAUGGCACUGUUCUGAUUGUACCCGUACCUUUUCAUCUGCCAAAUGCUGACGCAUGCCAACACCCAGAGUCUGGGAUAACUUGUCCCAUGAGGAAGGGCCAAAGUUACAAAUACAAGGCAGAGCUACCAGUAUCUACAAAAUACCCUUCGGUAUCCGUUAAAGUCAAGUGGGAACUUCAGGAUCAGAAUGGAAAUGACAUUGUCUGCUUCAAACUUCCAGCUGUAAUACGAUAAAAAUAUAAAUUUAUAAAUAUUAUAUUUUGAUAAUGUAUUGGUAACAGAUUUAAUAAUUAAAAUUUUCUUCUUCGGUAUUAGAA